GCUUAUGAAAGAGAAAGAAUGGGAUUAAUAGAAGAAGUAAGCUUAGUAAGACGAUCUCUGGAAGAAGCAGUUGCUUGCCAACAAUAACAGCCCAAUGGUGCGAUUCUAGGAAACAGAAGCAGCCUACAUAUCAGUUUCGUUUUGUACGUCACUGGGGCGUGGAGUCUUCAAAGUCCAAGUCAAAAGUCUAAAAAGUACAAAAACAAGUCAUGUGUACUGUCAAAGUCACUGGCCUAUUCUCGCGUUGUAGUUUAUUGUAAACUCUUCGAAAGCAUGCCGCCGGCUCUAUUCACCAUCAUUGGGAUGACAUUUGGGGCUGCUGGUACCGUACUUCUGGCCCCGGUCGCGCUCGGGAUAGCUGGUUUUACUGGUGCCGGUAUCGCGGCAGGUUCUACGGCAGCUGGCAUGAUGUCAUCAGCAGCCAUUGCCAACGGGGGUGGUGUGGCUGCGGGAAGUUUGGUCGCUCUCCUCCAGUCUGCAGGUGCUGCUGGUCUGUCUGCAACAGCAACAGCUGGUGUAGCAUCUGUGGGUGGUGCUACAGGAGCUCUAGUAGGUCGAGCAGUUGAUUUGUUCAAGGGGAAAUAAGAAAUCUACUGAAGUCCAAAGAGCUUCUGAUCACAGCUAAACGAGUUUAGCAGCAGCUUCUGUGUGUUUAAAGUAAUUGCCUGUAGCUUGAUUUUUAACUUUUCAUUACAUUUUGGAAAUAAGAAUGUUAACCCCCGAAACACAUAUAGAAAAAUCUGAUUUUUUUUUUCAUUUGCCACUUUUGAAAACAAAAUUGUGGGGUCAUUCUACAGCUCCAAGUCACAUUAAACUGUGGUCUAAUCGUAGAGGAUCAUUUGUAUGUUUAGAUUUAUGUUCUAAAAGCAGUUUUACAUUGUGUUUACAUUCUGUUCAUUAUUAUUAUUCACUGUUUUAUUCACUGUUUUGCAAAGUUUGUGAAAAUAUAACUAUUUUAAAACGAAUCCAUGUGGUAAUCAUGUGACCAAUUACAUUUACAGACACUUUUGUAAUCCACAGUUACUUACAAAUGAUGAACACCACAAACACAUGUGAAUAAUCAUAUAGAAAAUAAAGUUUCAAUACAGAGUUUGAAGUUGACCAGAAUCUUAAAAAUAAAGGUUCUUUAUUGGCA